GGUUAUAUGUCGCCGGGAAUGGGACACAUUAAGCGUACAGAGAAGCAGAUCCGUAUUACUUUCCAUGAACAAACUCUGUGUUUUGUCACGGUACUCAGUGUCCUUUGCACUAAAACCGUCGAUCAACAAAAUUUUGCUAUAAAAGCAUCACAAAAACGGGGAAUUUUUGGUGUCCUGCUGUCAGAGCGAUAGUUGUGGUCCGAACUUUGUGACCGUAGUCCAUUGCAAACACUAUAAUUUAUAAAUCACAGUCAGAAUGAAGUUACUCGGUUUUACCACACUUUUGGCUAUCGUUCUGCUGAAGGUCAGUGCGCAGGUUCCUAAUUCGAGUGUCCCAGUGCAAAAUCCAGCAUGCAAUCCUAACGAAGCUAUUCCGAAAUGCGUGCAACCGGCUAUCCGUAACUUCAUGAAGCGCUACGAAGAAAGAAAGCGAAUUCCAUUAACCGAUGAAAAAUGGGCACGUGAUUUAACAACCCAGUGCGAGUUGGAUCAGUCUGGACGCAAAUGUAUUACGGACUUCAUGAAGCACUGCUUCCCGCAGGUGGUACCGAAAACCAACUUUAUCGGACAGCAGAACACGGGAGUUUGUCAGCAAAAGGUCAGCAACAUUACCCAGGGAUGCACGAGCAAUUCCUCCAAAUGGUAUUCCAAGUGUGAAGAACCAAUGGUUGCAAAGCUGUAUGCGUAUUUGACGACAAAUCCGGCCGAUCCAACAUUCAACAUCCAGAAAGGUCAACAGAUUCACAAGGAACUUUGCUGUGAGCUGAAGCGUUACGAGGUUUGCAUCUCUGCGAAAACCGCUUCCGAUUGCACUGCUCCUGCCCAACAGAUUUUCCGUGACAUUACGAAGGAUAUGCUGGCUGCCUACCAAUGUGACGAAAAAACAGCUUUCGCUAAUGCGAAUUGUUAGCAUUUUGAUUAGGGCUGCAGUUGUUUUAUUGCUAGAUUUUCGUUUUAUUGAAAUUUUUGUGUGGGAAAUGCCUCGAGCAUGUUUCUUACAGGGUUUC